AUGGAUAUCCAUAAACAGCUCCUGAAAUUUGACUAUGAACAAUCAUUUACCUCACUAGUAAGCUCGUUAGAGACUAAUGGUAUUUCAACUGUGGAUCUACUUCUUUUUUCAUUAAAUGAUAGAGUUGGAUCUGUGCAGUUAUCUAAAAAAUUGGGGAGAUCAAUACGGGAAGUAGACGAUUUCCUUGGUCUACUAAGCCAAGAGUUUGCAAGAAACAUUUUGAGUAAUAGCGUUGUUGAUUUAAGGAAAUCGAAGGAUGCUUUAAUGAUAUCUACUGGGUUGCCACAUAUCGACAGACAAUUGCGCGGAGGCAUACGGUUUGGGGAGAUAACAGAAAUUUUUGGUGCCAGUGGAUGUGGAAAGUCGCAAUUACUUCUCCAACUAUUAGUCAACAUGCAUAAGCAGUCGCCUCAAAGCUUAGGUAUCUACAUAUCGACCGAGGCACCCCUCGAAACUAGAAGGUUGAAGGAAAUGAGCACUUUCGAUUCGACGUUCAUGAGUAGAGUUUCGUCUAUAUAUUGUCAAGAUCUUGAAACCCAGGAUCAUGUCAUUUUCACUCAAUUACCUAUAGAGUUAGAGAGAACUAAAGGAAAUACAAAACUAGUUCUAAUUGACAGUAUUGCCCACCAUUUAAGAAGAGAAGAUUUGAUCACUAAUCUCACAUAUCUAGAAAACAGAGUCAAAGAACAAGAACUUGAAUUUGAAGACGACAAAUACUAUAAUGAAGUUAAAGAGAGACAUAGGAAGGUCAUGAAAAGCUUUUUUAAAUCUACUGCCAGGUAUGAAAAAUGGAUGCUCAAAACUCAAUAUAUAGCACUCUUGCAUAAGCAUUUAACUAAAUUGGCACAAACCUUUAAUAUUUCGAUUGUUGUUGCUAACCAGGUAAGUGACCAUACUGACAGUAAUCAUGAUUUACUAUCCUAUGAUGGGAUUUCAUAUCCACUUAAUCUAGAUAUGCAGUUGGGAUUUUUUUCAGGAUGGGAUAAUAAAACAAUUCUAGAAUAUCAUCGAUCUAUGAUCGGUGAGCACUCUGUAUAUUUGAAGAACUUCACGGAUCACUUUACGCAAAUUCUUCUGACCACAAGGAGUAGAAACAAGAGACAAAGACUCGAUGGCACAGCUGAGGCAAGCCCCAAAUCCAAAGCUCUUUGCGCUAAUAUUGAAGAUGAGUCCCAACUAACAUCACUUCUUCAAAUAGAGAGUUCCCAGACGAAAAAAUAUGUCCCCGCUCUAGGUUACCAAUGGAAUAAAUUGAUUUCAACGAGAAUCAUGUUAAUGAAAUCAUACCAACCAGUGUUUCACAAGAAUAGACUAAACAUUAAUGGAAUUAGUGAUAUAAAUAUGACGGCUAGAAAUAGCAAUAGCAGUAGCCAAGAUUACGAGGACGCUCACAUCCUCAAGAAUCUGAUAGAUGGAUGGGAACCAAGAAGGUACAUGAAGGUGAUAUCAAAUUUGGUUGAUGUUUCCAACUGUAGCAAUUAUUAUAAGAUACCUUUCAGUAUUUCGACCACGGGCUUGAUUGAAAAUCGUAAUUAG